AGAAUGCUGUGAUUGGGCGGCGUGGCAGAGAGGAAGCGGGUACCUUUGCUGUCAGAGCGCUGUCGCUAGUCACCCUUGCCUCUGGAGACCAGCUCCCUUCAGCCUCCGCCUUUGGCUAUAGCUGUGUGCAGAUGUCACCCACCACCCACCUUCUGCUACGGAGCUGAGCUGCCCGCCGCCGCCCGGAUGGGCCCGCACGAGCGCCCUAAAAUCUCCAGGAACUGUUGAAUUGCCGAGGAGUUUUGGAUACAAGCUGAAGUUCCCGUUCCAUGGAUCCCCUGGGUGCGCCUUCCCAGUUUGUGGAUGUGGACACGCUGCUAAGCUGGGGUGACGCAUAUGAAGAUGGGUCAAACCCCUCUGACAGCACAGCUGAGACAGUCCAGGAAGACACCAGCAGGUCGCCUUUUCUCUAUGAUCGGGACAUUAAUGGAAAAGUGGUUCUUUGGAGAGGCGACGUGGCAUUGCUGAACUGUACAGCCAUUGUGAACACGAGCAACGAAAGCCUCACGGAUAAGAACCCUGUGUCGGAGAGCAUCUUCAUGCUUGCAGGGCCAGGCUUAAAGGAAGACCUCCAGAAGCUCACAGGUUGCCGAACAGGUGAAGCAAAAUUGACAAAAGGCUUUAACCUAGCUGCUCGGUUCAUCAUUCACACGGUGGGACCUAAGUAUAAGAGCCGCUAUCGCACUGCAGCAGAGAGUUCCCUGUACAGCUGCUACAGAAACGUGCUGCAGCUGGCAAAAGAGCAGUCCAUGUCUUCUGUUGGCUUCUGUGUCAUCAGUUCUGCAAAGCGAGGCUAUCCUCUGGAGGACGCGACACACAUUGGGCUUCGCACUGUGAGGCGGUUCCUAGAGAUUCAUGGGGAAACCAUUGAAAAAGUAGUAUUUGCUGUCUCUGAACUCGAAGAGGCCACUUACCAAAAGCUGCUACCUCUGUACUUCCCAAGGUCGUUAAGGGAGGAGAGCCAAUCAUUGCCACACUUACCUGCAGACAUUGGGAACGCGGAAGGGGAGCCUGUGGUGCCUGAGCGGCAGAUUAGAAUCAGUGAGAAACCUGGUGCUUCGGAGGAGAAUGAAGAAGAAGAUGAGGAGGACAGCCUGGGCAUGGACCUGUCUUUCAUCGGCUCUCACGCUUUUGCUCGAAUGGAAGGAGACAUUGACAAGCAGCGGAGACUGACCCUCCAGGGACAGCUGUCUGAAGCUGCCCUGCAGAAGCAGCGCCAAAGAAAUUAUAAUCGCUGGUUAUGCCAAGCAAGAUCUGAAGACCUGUCUGAUAUUGCUUCUCUGAAAGCCUUAUACCAAACAGGCGUGGAUAACUGCGGCCGCACAGUCAUGGUGGUGGUUGGAAGAAAUAUUCCUGUGACGUUGAUAGACAUGGACAAGGCUCUCUUAUAUUUUAUCCAUGUAAUGGAUCACAUUGCUGUGAAGGAAUAUGUAUUGGUAUAUUUUCACACACUGACCAGCGAAUACAAUCACCUGGACUCUGACUUCCUGAAGAAACUCUACGAUGUUGUUGAUGUCAAAUACAAGAGGAAUUUGAAGGCUGUUUAUUUCGUCCAUCCAACAUUCCGCUCAAAGGUCUCAACAUGGUUUUUCACCACCUUUUCUGUCUCAGGCCUGAAGGACAAAAUCCACCAUGUAGACAGCCUGCAGCAGCUCUUUUCUGCCAUAUCCCCAGAGCAGAUAGACUUUCCUCCUUUUGUCCUCGAAUAUGAUGCCAGGGAAAAUGGGCCUUAUUUUGCAUCGUACCCUUCAUCACCAGAUUUGUGACCUCCUGUCUUCCCAGUGCUUCUUGGUCACAGGAUUCCAUUUCACCACAACUCACAACCUGUUGAAGCGAUGUUCAUUUUUGCUGUACAGUCCCAGAGAGCUUUUGUCCCCACCUCUCUGGUAUUUUUUUAUUGACUAUAUAUUUUCUGGCACAUAAACAAUCUAGAACUGGUAGGCCAUUCUGAACUGGUACAUUUUAAAUUUGUAUAUUUGUAUUAAAUGGAAAUGUUCAUUUUUAGAGCAUUACUAGAAACUGGGGAUCAACUCUUGAGUGCCUUCAGUUUCCUGAAGGACACUGGACUCUGUUACACCGGCUACCAACAUUGCUCAUGGCAUAUCUCACAGCGCAAGCUUCAGACUCCCCAUUACAUAGGCUGCCAGCAUUGUUCAUAGCACCUCUUAAACAGUGCACGCUUCCUUUGUUUAUUUAAAUAUUUCUCAAAAUCUAUAGAGCCCAUGUAUGCAGAACAGAUGCAUCGUUUCCCUCAGAUGCUGGCUUUAAUACCAUUUCCAUUUUAUACAGACGAUCUGAUUAUAAUAUAGAAUUUCCCAGGACCAAGAAUAUAGAAAUGUGUCUGAUCAAAACUGUAAAGAUCUUCAGCAAAACAUAGGACUUGAAGCUUCGUGGCACAAGGUCAGGCUGAGCUGUAAGUGCUUCUUGGAUUAUCCACUUUGUUACGGUUGACACUGUUCUGAUCUUAGCAGUAUGGAGAGCACAAAGAUUAUAUCUUCAACUCUUCUAUAAUCAUGUGAUUGGUCUCCUUGUCAAAAGAAUGUAUGUGCGACAGCACUCCUAAGUAAAGAGCAUUUCCCAAGACUCCAUCCCUGACCACACUGCUGUCUUCUAAGAGUCAUAAGUGAUUGUGUUGGCUCAGUAUCUCCUGAGUUGCCUACAUCAGCAC